AUGCUGUUUGAAAAACUCGACUUGGAGCCCCUUUUCGCCAAAAUCGACGAAUUGAAGCCCGCCUUCAUCGACCGUUUGAGACGUUCCAUCGCCAUCCCCUCUGUUUCUUCAGACGAGGGCCUCAGACCAAAAGUGGUGGAAAUGGCUGCUUUCCUUGUCAAUGAACUCACCACUUUGGGCUUUACCGAUAUCCAACUUAAGGAUUUGGGCAAACAGCCACCUCCAGUGUCGAACCCAGACUUGCUUUUGCCGCCAAUUGUGUUGGCUCGUUUCGGUAACGACGAGAAGAAGAAGACUGUGCUUGUGUAUGGCCAUUACGACGUUCAGCCUGCUGGUUUGGAAGACGGCUGGGCCUCGGAGCCUUUUGAGAUGAGACACGACGAGCAGAACGAUAUCUUGUACGGCAGAGGCUCUACGGACGAUAAGGGACCGGUGAUGGGCUGGUUGAACGUCAUUGAGGCCCACAAUGCCUUGGGCUUGGAGUUGCCUGUGAACUUGGUGGUGUGCUUUGAAGGUAUGGAGGAGUCUGGCUCUUUGGGACUUGAGGAUCUUAUUGCUAGAGAGGCCAAGCAGUACUUUAACGGCGUGGACGCUGUGUGUAUUUCUGACAACUACUGGUUGGGCACCCUGAAGCCUGUUUUGACGUAUGGUUUGAGAGGAUGCAACUACUACCAGGUUGCCAUUUCUGGUCCUGGCGCUGACUUGCACUCUGGUAUUUUCGGAGGUGUGGUUGCCGAGCCAAUGACCGACUUGGUGCAAGUUUUGUCGCUGUUGGUGUCUUCUGACGGUAAGAUUCUUGUUCCUGGCAUUGACGAGAUGGUCGCUGAGUUGACUCCAGAGGAGGACGCUUUGUAUGACGACAUUGACUUCUCUGUUGAGGAAUUGCAGGCUGCUUCUGGCUCCAAGACUGCCUUGUACGACGACAAGAAGGAUAUCUUGAAGCACAGAUGGAGAUACCCAUCCUUGUCUAUCCACGGUGUUGAAGGUGCUUUCUCUGCUGCUGGUGCCAAGACUGUCAUUCCAGCCAAGGUUAUUGGUAAGUUCUCUAUCCGUACUGUUCCAGACAUCGAGCUGGCCAAGUUGGACCUGUUGGUGUUUGCUCACGUCACCAAGGCCUUCAAGCAGCUCAACUCCAAGAACCAGUUGAAGGUUGAGUUGAUCCACGACGGUGACUACUGGAAGUCUGACCCAUUCAACGAAUCCUUCACUGCCGCUUCCAAGGCCACCGAGCACGUGUGGAACGUCAAGCCAGACUUCACCAGAGAAGGUGGUUCCAUUCCAAUCACCUUGACUUUCGAGAAAGAGUUGGGUACUCAGGUUCUUCUCUUGCCUAUGGGCCGUGGUGACGACGGCGCUCACUCCAUCAACGAGAAGUUGAACGUCAGCAACUACAUCAACGGAUGUAAGACUUUGGGUGGAUACUUGCACUACUACGGUCGUCAGUAG